AUGUUCCAAACUUUUGAUUAAAAAGAAGCAAAGUGUAAAUAUCACUAAAAAAUAAUUUAAUUUUUAAAUAUUAAACCAAAUCAACAAAUAGGAAAUAGGGCUUGGUGUGAAGAUUGUAAAAUGGAUUAACCAGUUAAUUUAAAUAAUGGGAAAAUAAUCUUGAAUUAAAUUGAUUACUUCAUUAACAAUUAAAUUGAGCAAAGUACAAGUGAUAUAGUUCGAAUGAUGAUUUCUGAAAUAGAUCAUAUAGAAAGGGAAUUUAAAUAAUUAUUAUAUGAUAUGAGAAAAAAUGUAAAUGUAAUAAAAAGAACCUAUAUACAAAAUCCAUUUGAAAAAUAUCAGAAUUUGUCUGUUUAUACCACUUCCAAUUAUCAAGAACUAGCUGAACUUAUUAAAGACCAUUAUUCAUAGUAAGGUGAGUGUGUAUUAACGAACCAAUUACAAUAAAGUAUUAAUAAUUCUUUAGAGCAAUAUCAAAAUUAUCUUUUAGAUAUUCAAAGUGUAAGAAAAUAUAUUUCAUAAGUUCAAAAUUCUAUUUCCUAACCUGAAUAAUUUGUUUAACUUUAAAUAUGUUAAGAGAUUUGUUAGAUUGAAUGCCAUAAAGACACAACAUUCCAAACUUUACUUGAAUCUUUUGAACUUAAUUAAGGAAAUGAUGAAAUAAAGUACUAUAACUAAAACAAUGAAAUUGAAAGUUUACAUUUUACUUUAAGAUAAGCAGGAUUUUAAUAGUAAUUCCCAUUAAUAAUCAAAAGAUAAAAUUGA